ACAAUUCAUCCAUUCGUCAGUUUCGGUUUAGGGGCAGUGGAAUUUAGUAUUUUAUUGAACGGUCUGCCAAAAUAGUGAAACUUAAAAAUGGCAAAGACCAUCUCAGCUUCCCAGGCGAAUAAGGAACAUGUCCUGGCGGUAUCCCGGGAUUUCAUUUCCCAACCCCGUCUGACCUACAAGACAGUGUCUGGUGUGAACGGGCCUCUGGUCAUCUUAGAUGAGGUCAAAUUCCCCAAAUUCUCAGAGAUCGUACAGUUAAAGCUUGCUGAUGGCACCCUACGCUCCGGUCAGGUGCUGGAGGUCAGCGGCUCCAAGGCCGUCGUCCAGGUGUUCGAGGGCACAUCGGGUAUUGAUGCCAAGAACACACUUUGCGAGUUCACUGGAGACAUUUUGCGCACACCCGUGUCUGAAGACAUGUUGGGUCGUGUAUUCAACGGAUCAGGCAAGCCUAUCGACAAAGGUCCCCCAAUCCUGGCUGAGGACUUCUUGGACAUCCAGGGUCAGCCCAUCAACCCCUGGUCUCGUAUCUACCCUGAGGAGAUGAUUCAGACUGGUAUCUCCGCUAUUGACGUGAUGAACUCAAUCGCCCGUGGGCAGAAGAUCCCCAUUUUCUCAGCUGCCGGUCUGCCGCACAAUGAAAUCGCCGCCCAGAUCUGUAGGCAAGCUGGUCUGGUCAAGGUGCCAGGCAAGUCAGUCCUGGACGAUCACGAUGAUAACUUUGCCAUUGUGUUCGCCGCUAUGGGUGUCAACAUGGAGACUGCCCGCUUCUUCAAACAGGAUUUCGAAGAAAACGGAUCCAUGGAAAAUGUGUGCCUCUUCUUGAACUUGGCAAACGAUCCCACUAUCGAGCGUAUCAUCACUCCUCGUCUGGCUUUGACUGCGGCCGAGUUUUUGGCCUACCAGUGUGAGAAACACGUCUUGGUCAUUUUGACUGACAUGUCUUCGUACGCUGAAGCUUUGCGUGAAGUUUCUGCCGCCCGUGAAGAAGUACCGGGUCGUCGUGGUUUCCCCGGUUACAUGUACACGGAUUUGGCGACAAUCUACGAGCGCGCCGGACGUGUAGAGGGCAGGAACGGGUCCAUCACCCAGAUCCCAAUUCUGACUAUGCCCAACGACGACAUCACCCAUCCUAUUCCUGACUUGACGGGUUAUAUUACCGAGGGACAGAUCUACGUAGAUCGUCAGCUACACAACAGACAGAUCUACCCGCCAGUGAACGUGCUGCCAUCUCUCUCCCGUCUGAUGAAGUCCGCCAUCGGCGAGGGCAUGACCCGUAAGGACCACUCCGACGUUUCCAACCAGCUGUACGCUUGCUACGCCAUCGGCAAGGACGUGCAAGCGAUGAAGGCCGUCGUCGGUGAGGAGGCGCUCACGCCCGACGACUUGUUGUACCUCGAGUUCCUCACCAAGUUCGAGAAGAACUUCAUCACGCAGGGUAACUACGAGAAUCGCACAGUUUUCGAAUCCUUGGACAUCGGCUGGCAGCUGCUCCGUAUCUUCCCCAAGGAGAUGCUUAAACGUAUCCCUGCCUCCACCCUCGCGGAGUUCUAUCCCAGGGACUCGCGUCACUAGAGCCCUCCAUGAACUCAUAAGCGGUCUCCUGCCAACCCUCUCGCUCUUAUACAAUACGCCGAAAGGGCGAGCGACAGCAAGCACAUCGGCCGUUCUUGGUAACACCAGGCUCCCACGUGGUUUUAUGUCCUAAUCGUAAACUCCCAUAGAUUCUGUUUUUAAAUAAUUUUAAUUAAUUAGCUGUCUCUUCUAAAAAAGUAUAAAUACUCUAUGGUCAUGAUUUUUGAGGUUGCAUUUUUACACCAUUAGGACGUAGAGCCACGGUACAUUGUAAGAUAAUAUAAAAAUAUUGUUUAUUAUAGUAAGUUGUUAAUAGUUUAUUAAUGUAUUACAUGUAUUACGAUCAAGUUACAAAAUUAUAAACAAUCGUGUUGCUAUAUUGUCUAUGCUAAGUAAUAGAUAUUGUAAUCACUAAAAGAAUGUUGCCGUCUCGUGUAUAUAAUUUCCCAAUAAAAUAGUGUUAGUUUGUGUGGUAAAUUAUUAUGAAUAUUAACGGAUUAGAUGCCAUUUUUCCUUUGGUGCUUUCAGACACAUUGAAAUGAUUAUUAUAUUAUCUUGUAUACAGCACAAAUUGUUGAGAUGUGUUCAGUCAUAUGUAAUUGGAAUUUGUUAAAUGAUGUGAUAUGAUAUUUUUUUCUUUAUGACAGUCAAAUAACUUCUAUUUAUAUGUAAAUAAAUCAAUAGAUACAUAGCCGAGUAACGAUGUGUUACAUUCCAAAUUACUUUCCUCGUUCACUUCAAAGCUAGAUAUUUAAUUCAGUGACUAAAGUGAAUUAGGAUACUGUUAUUUUCAAUGGAAAUAAAGUAUAGAAAGUUA